AUGCCAGAAUUUGCUGCUGAAGACAAAAAUGAAAAACAGAAUGAAAAUAAUAGAAUGCACUCCGCCACCCUCGGGGCGGACGUCGUGGUCACCGACCUGGAGGAGGUGCAGGACUUGCUGAGGGUGAACAUUAACAUGAACAAGCACCUCGUCACCGGCUCUGUGCAGGCCAAGGUACUGAAAUGGGGGGAAGAAAUAGAAGACGUUCCUUGCCCGCCGGACUACAUCCUGAUGGCCGACUGCAUCUACUACGAAGAGUCUUUGGAGCCGUUGUUGAAAACUCUGAAAGAUCUCAGUGGAUCUGAGACUUGUAUUAUAUGUUGUUAUGAACAACGAACAAUGGGAAAAAAUCCAGAAAUCGAGAGAAAAUAUUUUGAGCUCCUUCAACUAGACUUUGACUUUGAAAAAAUUCCUUUGGAAAAACAUGAUGAAGAAUAUCGAAGUGAAGAUAUUCAUAUUUUAUACAUCAGAAAGAAAAAAUCGAAAUUUCCAUCAUGAAAUCUUGAAUCCUUUCACCCAAGCCUCUAACAACCUGGGUAAGCUAAAGAUGUGAAUGGAGCAUGUGAAUACAGCAUGGAAAGAUGAUGUUCACAGAUUUUUCCAGCAUGUCCUUAGAGACCUGAUCUAUAGACGACAACCACCACGGGCUGCCUGCAAUAUGAAAAAUGACUGCCUGCC